AUGGCCAAUUGGACGAUGUGGGGUAGGAGUCUCAGGUCAAGUAGACCUCACCGCAGUCGUCACGAGCAAGAGGUUAUCGCCGAGCUAGACCCCUCAAAAGAACUCCAAGAGCACAUCCAAGCAAAAUCAAGAGGAAGACCUUCUAAAGCGGAAGCUUGGAGUAAGGAUCGAACACCCUCGACAAACUCUAUAUUAAAUUAUUUGUCUCCUGCGAGCUCCAAAAGAGGCAGUGAAAAAGACUCAUUCACCCACUCACCUACAGGACACCCAAAAAAGAAAAUCUCCAGGCAGGUUUUAUCUCCAACAAACCAAGGCUCACACCCGGAUUCUAGUAAUUUAAAUUCUUUAACUACCAUGGAAUCAGUGAUCCUCAAAAAACUCGACGAGAUGAGCAAAAGUUCAUCAUCGCAGCUGAAAUUGCUGGAAAAGGUACUAACGACCAAAAUUGAAGAUUCCCUCAAGGAGACUACCAAGGAAUUCCAAAUUUUGAUAGAAAGCCUUAGGCAAGAAAAUUCUGAACUAAAAGAAACUGUUGGAUCCUUAGAAGCUCGCAUCAAAAUCCUAGAAUCCUCUUCAGCCAAUUGUAUAACCUCGCCGAAGGGAACUUCCCGCUCUCUACAUGAUAAGAUAGCUUCUGCUUCGGCAAACGCGGUUGAAAACAAACUAAAACCACCGGUGUACAUAAACCACGAUCUAACUCCGCAAGAAAGUCUUAUCUCCAAGAAACUAAGGGAUGAAUCUCGCCGUUUGAAACUUUUGAACAAAAAGGUUAAAACUAGUAACCUCAAGAUCACGGUGGACGGUAUUGACUAUACAUACGACAUACACCUAGAAGCUAUCGUCCCGCUUAAACACAGUUCAUCCCAACAAUACACAAAUAAUGCUUCUUAUUCCAAGAAAAGCGCUUAG